GCGUGAGGACGCCGGUUUCCUCCAGAAACAGAUUGCAGCCAAUAUAUAGCCCUCAAACAGAGCUGACGCAAUACUGGAAGAAUAUAACACAGAGUGAGCAUCACUAUACACGCGCUCAGGGAGGAUUUAUUUAACUGUGUAUUUUACAUUGAACCGAUACCAGUAUGCCUGUGAUCAGAAGCCUCAGCAGAGUGGCCAAGCAGGCCCUGCUCAGCUCCCCGGCCUGUGGCUGUCAGCCUCUGACCAUUGCAGUUCGAAACCUCAGUUUCUCCCCUCGCCAGGUGACUUCUGAUGCCAGCUUUCACUCUGUGUCCUUCUCAGAGACUGACCAUCCAAAGGUGCUCAUUACAGGUGGCCUGGGACAACUUGGGGUUGGACUGGCUAAACUCUUGAGAAAAAGGUAUGGGAAGAAUAAUGUAAUUCUGUCAGACAUCAGGAAACCCCCAAGCAACGUCUUUCACAGUGGGCCUUUUAUCUAUUCUGAUAUUCUGGACUACAAAAACCUGCGUGAAAUAGUGGUGAACAACCGCAUCACAUGGCUGGUUCAUUACAGUGCCCUGCUCAGUGCUGUGGGUGAAGCCAAUGUGGCUUUGGCUCGCUCUGUCAACAUCACUGGACUGCACAACAUUUUGGACAUUGCUGCUGAACAUGGCCUGCGCCUCUUUGUGCCGAGCACCAUUGGAGCUUUUGGACCCACCUCUCCCCGUAACCCCACCCCCGACCUCUGUGUACAGAGGCCACGCACCAUCUACGGAGUCUCCAAAGUGCACGCUGAGCUCAUGGGAGAGUACUACCACCACCGCUAUGGCCUGGACUUCCGUUGCCUGCGUUACCCAGGGAUCAUCUCUGCUGACUCCAUGCCGGGCGGAGGCACGACAGACUAUGCUGUGCAAAUUUUUCACGAUGCAAUCAAAUCCGGUAAAUUUGAAUGCAACCUGAGACCAGACACGCGGCUGCCCAUGAUGUACAUUGACGACUGCCUGAGAGCCACUCUGGAGAUAAUGGAGGCCCCAGCAGACACUCUGAGCAUGAGGACAUACAACAUCAAUGCCAUGAGCUUCACCCCUGAGGAGCUGGCCCAGGAGCUGCAAAAACAGAUGCCUGAACUAGAGGUCACAUAUGAUGUGGACCCUGUCCGGCAAGCUAUUGCUGACAGUUGGCCAAUGAACUUUGAUGACUCCAAUGCACGAAAUGACUGGGGCUGGAAACAUGACUACGACCUCCAGGAGCUGGUGCAGACCAUGCUCAACUUCUUUGCAGCAGAAAGAUGCAUGGCUCAAAUCAACUGAGUUCAAACUGGUCCUUCUGAGAGUUGUACAUAUGUAAAGACUGACCAAAGAGAAUAGAUAAAAUGGCCUGUACAUAGUGGUUCAUUUACGCCUCUGCGUAAUGGACUCUUGCCUGCUGUGUCACCAGAAUGUAAUGGUCAAAAUGGGGUAGAAACUUGACAAAUUUUUGUCAGUUUAGCAGUGUUUUUGCACUCUUUUACCCCUGUGUCUCGCUUCAGAGUUGGGUGAGUCGAAAUCUGUCACCAGUCUUAUCAGUGGCGUCAAUGUGACUUACAAUGCUGUUAAAAGGAGGUUACAGGGGAACUCAAAAACAAUCAGAAAGAGUAUUGUCAUUCAUUCCUAAACUUCUUGAAUGGAGUCAUAAAUUGAUAUGCAAAAUGUCACCUUUGAUGCACUUUAGAUCAUUUUGCAGCAUCUUGUUUCAGGCAAAAAUCUGCAGCUUGUGCGGUUUCUGACACAGUGCAUCUGUAUGUAUGAGAAGUGCAGAGCAAAAAUUCUUCUCUUUAUUCCAUGUUUUUAUUUAUUCUGUCUGUCUGAUAUGUGUGGGGCAUUUUCUGAGCUGUAAUGCCCCUGUCUGUUUUUGUUAUUUGAAGGUUUUCAUGUGAACUUAUUUGAAAGCGAAAUGAGAACGUGACCUUAAUGUCAAUCUACAAUCAGCCACUCUGUCUUCAUCAUUCUGUGUUAAGAAUGCAUUUAAAUUUUGGCAGGUUUGGAAUCUCAAGCUUUGACAAUAAAACCUUUUUGAACUAUC